GCUGACAUGAAUUCAUAAAAGGAUUCGGCCGCCAUAUUAUUUGACUAUCGCUUCUCAGCUGCUACAGGGGUAUAUAAACCAGUCGACAAUGUUACGGUUGGUUGCUUUCAGGUCAAAUCUGCCGGUGUAUCAAUAUCGCGGAACGAACCAAUACGUAUACCGUGCUACACAAGAGUGCAGCAUAUACAAGUUAUACGCAAUAAAAAAACACAAAUUUUCUCACGAUUUAUCAAACACGAAAGAGUAUUAUAAUAGCAAUCUUACACCUGUGUUCGUUCACGAAUCAGCUGCACGUGCCGAGUGUCUAAUCGAAUACGCGAACCGUCCCUCAAAGUGGAAAACGUUUAUCGACAACAUAUCUCUUCGGACCUGAGACUCUAUCCAGUAAAAGGCAAACAAAUCCAAGUAAGUAACAACAUGCGUCGUUUUUAUCUAAAACAUUACAAAAGACGAAAUAAUUUCCAAAGUCCAUGCGUUCUCUUCAAUGUCAACUUCAACACGCCUUGCGCAUGUGCAAUAUUUACGUUGAAAGUGAAAGUUCUUGUUGAUGAGGGAGAGUGUAUUAUUUUUAUGCAAAUAAAACACAGACAACCUAACCAAAGCAAGGGACAUAUAAACAGUUUCUGACGUUUACAAUUUGUCAAGGCAAGCGUUAUAAUGUAUGCACGACAAUUGAUGAGAGAGAGAGAGAGAGAGAGAGAGAGAGAGAGAGAGAGAGAGAGAUUGAUUCAACCAAAAAAGACAUGUAAGCUUUGAUGAACAGGAGAAAAAGAAUGAAUCCACAAAAUACAUGUAGUACAUAUUGGACAAAUGCCUAAAAUAUAACAUUAUAUAUGUAAAAGCAUUGAUGUUUCAGAGAGAGAGAGAGAGAGAGAGAGAGAGAAUAAUUUAGUACCGUAUUAUAAUCAACAAAAGAGUAGACAUGUAAGCUUUGAUGUCGAUGAGAGAGAGAAAAAGAAAGAAAGAGAUAAAGGGGUAUAUACAGAGAGACUUUCUCAUUAUUUCUUGUAUCUAGAUCUUACUUUUGUUAUUAAAACAGACAUUGCAAUGGAAAUGAAUGAAGAGAGGAAUGGAGAAUUGCCAAUGGAUUUUGAUCAUGACCAUAUAGAACACUGUAAUACAGAGACUGAGGAAGAGGUGGACAAUUUAAUCAGAGGCAUAUUUGGAGAAGAUGAUGAACAUGCAGAUAUUGUAGAGGAUGAUGUGGAAAUAGACGAAUUACCAAAUGCUGAGAGUGACAUUGAUCCCAAUAUUUGGAGUAAUAUUCAGAAUGAUUCAGAGGAAUACCAACAUCUCAAAGAAAGGAAGUUUGUUGUGGGAGAAAAGGCCAUUCUAGAUCUUUUGAAAAGAAGUAGCUGUAAGGAAUGUAAGGAACCUGUUGAUCCAUCAAGUAUUACUGAAGGUGAAAAAAUUGCAUCUGGAAUCAAAUUCAAGUUUGUCUGCAAAAAUGGUCAUGAAGGCAAAUGGAUUUCUACACCAUUCUAUGGUGCUCGGAGUGUGGUGAAUAUGAUGCUUCAACUCAUGGUCCUUUUGUCUGGUAUGUCAUGGGAAAACUUUGCAAUGGGAGCAAGUUUCAUUAAUUUGAUAAUUGGAAGUGGCAGACAUUUCUAUGUCAUGCAACAUCAAUACUCAACUGCCAUCAAGAGUUAUUUUUUGAGUCACAUUGAUAAAGCCAGACAAUCUCUUGGAGGAAUACCCCUUAGUAUAGCAGUUGAUGUGAGAUAUGAUAGUCCAGGUUUCUCGGCAAAUAAAAGUACUGCUGUUUUUAUGGACAGUAAGACCCACACCAUUCUUCAUCUUGAAAUUGGAGAUUCACGAGAAGUGGACAGACACAGUCCAAGGAUGGAAAAAAUUUUGGUGGAAAAGGGCUUGAAAUACCUGGUACACCAUUCACCAUUAGUCAUAUGGGAAGUAAUUUCUGAUGCCAGCAGAACCAUCACUGCCCUGAUGAAGACAGACCCAUUCAAACACCUAAAGCACAGCCUUGAUGUAUGGCAUAAAUCUAAAAAGUUAGCCUCUUCAUUGGCUGAGCUUGCAAGGAAGUCAGCUUUUAAGGUGUUACUCUACUGGAUAAAGCCAAUUGUCAACCAUUUCUGGUGGUGUUGCAAUACAUGUAAUGGAAAAGUAGAUAGAUUACUAAAGAGAUGGGUUGGAAUUCUUCACCACGUAAACAACAACCAUGUUUGGCCUGGUGGCAGAUGUUUUCAUCCAGAAACUGCAAAUAUGGUUGAAAACCAUUGGUUGGAAAGAGACUCAGCAGCAUUCAAGGAGUUGACGAAGAUAGUAACAAAUAAAGAAUGGUGUGGGUCUAUGGAAUACUAUGUCAACUGCCAGCAGACCUGGGCUAUUGAAAAUUUUUUUAGCCACACACUACUCCACUACUGUCCGAAACGUAAUUCAUAUAGUUAUGACUCAUACUGUAUAAGAAACAUGCUGGCAGUAUUGGAUCAUAACCAUCAUAAGGACAGAGAAGCAGCGACAACAAUGGAUGGCAUUGUAAGUGCCCAAUGCCAGGUUUCCAGAAGAACUAAACAAUGGGUAGCCUAUGAAAGGAAGAAACAAAAGAAUUUUCCAUAUAUUGCAGAACUCAUGGUAGCAUGUAUGCUUGAAACAUAUGGAAAAUCCCUGUCAACAUACAAACAAAGCAAUACAGCUGAUGCUUUGGAUGCAGUUGCCCGGAAUUUGGCUGGCAAAUCGAAUCCGGGUUCAAGAAAGAUAUUGGGGGACAUGAAAAGUAGAAAGAAACAGGCAUAGCAGCCACUUGGAGAUCUUGAUUCCGGCUUGUCCCUUGGUCACCUUGAGGCUGAUUUCUUGAACUGUUUGCUGCAUAGGGAUGAAUGCGGGACUGUGAAAUAAAGAACAGAGGAUCAAUUGAUUAUUUAUCA